AUGGCAACAGAGGACGGAGGAUGGCAACAGAGGACAGGGGAUGGCAACAGAGGACAGAGGAUGGCAUCAGAGGACGGAGGAUGGCAACAGAGGACGGAGGAGGAUGGCAACAGAGGACAGAGGAUGGCAUCAGAGGACAGAAGGAUGGCAACAGAGGACGGGGAUGGCAUCAGAGGACGGAGGAUGGCAACAGAGGGACAGAGGAUGGCAACAGAGGACAGAAGGAUGGCAACAGAGGACGGAGGAUGGCAACAGAGGACAGAGGAUGGCAUCAGAGGACGGAGGAUGGCAUCAGAGGACGGAGGAUGGCAUCAGAGGACGGAGGAUGGCAACAGAGGACAGGGAUGGCAUCAGGACAGAAGGAUGGACAGAGGACGGGGAUGGCAUCAGAGGACGGAGGAUGGCAACAGAGGACAGAGGAUGGCAACAGAGGACAGAAGGAUGGCAACAGAGGACGGGGAUGGCAACAGAGGACAGGAUGGCAACAGAGGACAGAAGGAUGGCAACAGAGGACGGAGGAUGGCAUCAGAGGGACGGAGGAUGGCAUCAGAGGAGGAGGAUGGCAAAGGGACAGGAGGGAUAAACGGACGGAGGAUGGCAGAGGACAGAAGGAUGGCAACAGAGGACAGAGGAUGGCAACAGAGGGACGGAGGAUGGCAUCAGAGGACGGAGGAUGGCAUCAGAGGACGGAGGAUGGCAACAGAGGACGGAGGAUGGAGCAGAGGACAGAGGAUGGCAUCAGAAGGACGGAGGAUGGCAUCAGAGGACGGAGGAUGGCAACAGAGGACGGGGGAUGGCAACAGAGGGACAGAGGAUGGCAUAAGAGGACGGAGGAUGGCAUCAGAGGACGGAGAGGAUGGCAUCAGAGGACAGAGGAUGACAGAGGACGGAGGAUGGCAGCAGAGGGACGGAGGAUGGCAUCAGAGGACGGAGGAUGGCAACAGAGGGACGGAGGAUGGCAACAGAGGACAGGGGAUGGCAACAGAGGCGGAGGAUGACAACAGAGAGGACGGAGGAUGGCAACAGAGGACAGAGGAUGGCAACAGAGGACGGAGGAUGGCAACAGAGGACAGAGGAUGGCAUCAGAGGACGGAGGAUGGCAUCGAGGGACGGAGGAUGGCAUCAGAGGACAGAGGAUGGCAACAGAGGACGGAGGAUGGCAACAGAGGACGGAGGAUGGCAACAGAGGUGACUAUAAGGGUAGAUGAAUGUCAAUAA